AUGCGUGAACCUGAAAGUGCUCUUGUUCUAGCAAAUCACCAGAGUGAUGUGGACUGGGUUGUAGCAGUUAUGCUGGCGGAACGUCAGGGACAGCACGGUAACUCAGCUGGUUUUCGUGUCAUGGUGAAGCAUGUAAUCCAUUUUGUACCACUCUUCGGAUGGUACACUUUUCAGCGUGGUUACAUAUACGUUCGGAGAUAUGGCGAGUUUCUGAGUGCACCGGUAUUGAAGCAGCUUGCUUGGCUGGAUUCGUUAAAUGAAAAGUUCUGGCUGCUCAUUUUUCCGGAAGGAACGAGGUACUCUCGCAAACGUAAGCAGAAGAUCCUUCUGAGCCAGGAGUUUUGUCGUAGAAAGGGAAUACCAGAAUUCAAGAAUGUUCUGAGUCCUCGAGUUGGAGGUAUAUUUAUGGCGUUAGAGCGACUAGAGACCUUAGAUGCGAUCUAUGACGUCACCAUCGGAUAUGGUCAGACCAGGUUACCGAAACGCCAUGGCCUCGCGCCCAAUAUGUUCGAAUUUUGCUGUGGAGGAUUGGCCGGAAGGACCCUUAGUAUUCAUGUGAAGAGAUAUCCAGCGAAGGAUAUGCACAAGAACCGUAAGGAACUGCAAGAGUGGACGCUGAAAGCAUAUAGGGAGAAAGACAAGCUUCUUGACCGCUUCUACGAAACAGGCGAAUUUCCGGAUCCGGUGUCCUUGCACGAACCAGCAGUGUCGAUCUACCGAACCAUUCCACCAACCCUCUGCUUUGUCGCAGCGCUAGUUGCACCGUUUUAUGUGCCAGCUGUAAGAAAGGCCUAUCUGUACACUGUGGCUAGUUUCCCGUUGCUUAUCCUUUGGCUUGAAAUCAAAAAAUGUGCCUGA